AUGGGCUGCUUCUUCUCCAAGAGGCGGAAGGCUGAGAAGGAGUCGCAACCGGAGGACGAGGAAGUGCAGCCGAAGCAGUACAGCUGGGACCAGCGCGAGAAGGUUGAUCUGAAAGACUACAUGUUCAGUGGACUGAAGGAUGUAACAGUAGGUCGCUUACCUGGGAAAGUGGCAGGACAACAAUUUCUCAUUCAAGACUGUGAGAACUGUAAUAUCUAUAUUUUCGAUCAUUCUGCUACCGUUACUAUUGAUGACUGUACUAACUGUGUUGUUUUUCUGGGACCUGUGAAAGGCAGCGUGUUUUUCCGGAAUUGCAGAGAUUGUAAGUGUGCAUUAGCCUGCCAACAGUUUCGUGUGCGGGACUGUAGAAAGCUGGAAGUCUUCUUGUGCUGCGCCACUCAGCCCAUUAUUGAGUCUUCCACAAAUAUCAAGUUUAGCUGUUUUCAAUGGUACUACCCUGAAUUAGCUUUCCAGUUCAAAGAUGCCGGGCUCAGUAUCUUCAAUAAUACCUGGAGUAACAUUCAUGACUUUACACCUGUGUCAGGAGAACGCAACUGGAGCCUUCUUCCAGAAGAUGCUGUCGUUCAGGACCAUAUUCCUCUACCUACUACCGAAGAGCUCAAAGCUGUCCGCGUUUCCACAGAAGCCAGUAGAAGUAUCGUUCCAGUGUCCCGGGGUCAGAGACAGAAGAGCAGUGAUGAGUCAUGCUUAGUGGUAUUAUUUGCUGGUGAUUAUACUAUAGCAAAUGCCAGAAAACUAAUUGAUGAGAUGGUUGCUAAAGGCUUUUUCCUAGUUCAGACAAAGGAGGUGUCAAUGAAAGCCGAAGAUGCUCAAAGGGUUUUUCAUGAAAAAGCACCUGACUUCCUUCCUCUUUUGAACAAAGGUCCUGUUAUUGCCUUGGAGUUCAAUGGAGAUGGCGCUGUAGAAGGAUGUCAACUUAUUGUCAACGAGACAUUCAGGGGGACCAAGAUAUUUGUAUCAGAAAGCAAGGAGACGGCACCUGGAGAUGUAGACAGCUUCUACAAUUUUGCUGAUAUACAGAUGGGAAUAUGA